AUGGAAAAUGUGUCCAAUGGCAGCACUAGUUUCCUCCUCCUUGGUCUCGUGGAGAUGGAAGGACUCCAACACAUGUAUAGUAUUCUGUGCAUUUUAACCUACACCUUUAUAAUCCUCGUGAGCUCCAUGAUAGUUUUUGUGAUCCUCACAGAAGAAAGCUUUCGCCAGCCCAUGUACAUUCUCAUUGGCACCGUCAUCUUAAACGGGAUGUUUGGAAGCUCAUCAUUUUUCCCAAAACUGAUCAUUGACCUUCUUUCUUCCACCACUAAGAUUUCACGCACUGGCUGUCUCCUCCAGGUCCUCUGUGUCAUAACUUACACCACCUUUGAGGUAUCUUCCCUCACAGUAAUGGCUUAUGACAGAUACUUGGCUGUGUGCCACCCAUUACAUUAUGUCUACUUAAUGAGCAAUGAAAAGGCCCUAAAGUUCAUUGGAGGAGCUUUUAUCUUCACAUUCACCUUAGUCCUAACUGCUGUCCUUCUCUCAGCAAGGCUUCCAUUCUGUGGAACUCGUAUCAAAAAUAUAUUUUGUGACAAUAUGUCUCUGGUGAUCCUGUCCUGUGUGGAUGCUUCUGUCAAUACUCUCUAUGGAACAGUAUCCACCACUCUAUUCCUGGUGCUCACCCUACUAAUGAUCGCUUAUUCCUACCUUCGCAUCUUUAUGGUUUGUCUAAAGAUUUCCAAGGAGGCUUGUCAGAAAGCCAUUCACACGUUGGUGACCCAUUUAAUCAAUUUUUCUAUUUUCCUGAUUGGAGUCUUCUUCAUUUUCAUUCGAUACAGGCUAGGAAAUGUCAACCUGCCCACUGUAAUUCAUGUACUGCUCUCUGUAACCAUAUUAGUCUUCCCACCUCUUCUCAACCCUAUUAUAUAUGGAAUAAGGACAAAGGCUCUAAAUGUAAAGCUUCUUCACCUCUUCCAGAAAACAUUUGGAAUAAACCCAUGA